CUGAGAAACAUUUCAGAUCGCCCAGUAAACUUCGUUCACAUCGUUAACUCACCGUUCCGAGCACACAGCGUUCGCAGUCCAAAUGGCAUGCAAAAAGAAGACCAAGUUGUGGGAAUCAAUGGCCAAGGAUGAGAUGAAGACCACCACACAGGCGAUGCUCGAGGAGGGCGCCAAGGGGCUGAGGACCAUUUCCACGCAGGAGAAAAAGCUGGUCAACUUUCAGUCAUUCAACAUGGAUGAUCCCCGCUAUGGAUCUUCAGAUUUGGAUGACAUUAUGGAACCGCCCAUGCUGUCCAGUUACACUCGGCAAUACUCCCAGCCAUAUCCGAAUCGUUGUAAGCCACUUGUUCCGAAAACCGAGUCUCCAGAUCCCUUAUUCAAUCGCAAGCCGAAAAACGAUUUUGAGUUCACAACGGGCCUGGAUUUUAAGUUCCUGGAUGAUCACAUGCACAACCUGUCCGAAACGCGCAAGAAAGUCAACUUCUUCAGGCAGUUGAGGAAUCAAUCUUUCCUGCUGUAUUAACAUGCAAUAUUCCGAGUUGAAAAGCCAAAUUAAAACAGCUAAUUAAUGCACACCACACCCCUCUGUGUGGGGCAUAAACAAUUUGUUACAAUUUGACCCCUUCAACGGCGGAGUCACGCAACAUGGCUCUUAUUUUAAAAGCUCUCAAUUGUGCCAUGAUUAUAAAUUACCCCCUCAUUGUGUCCCGAGAAAAAUGCGUCAAUUGCAUUUUCCGUUGGCCCCAUCGUUUUCAAUAGAAAUCAAUUAAUUUUGCAUAAAUAAACCCGAUUGUCAGCGUG